CCAUUCUCUGCUUCUGUCAAACUUCUUAAAAUUUAGAAUCACACGUUUAUCCAAGUAUUGUUCUCCUCCUUCUUUUCUUCUUUCAUCGAGAUGGCAAAGAGUGUCCGAGCGAGUGUCCAAAAGCGCAACAGAGCGAAACUGCGAGCCACUGUCUUUGGGCCAGUUGUUGAUGCACGAACUGAAAGACUCUCUGCUAAGCUGCAGGAGCUUGCCUCCCAGCCAAAACCAAGUAAUGAAGAGAAAUCAGAUAUGUCUCUGGGCAUGAAGGAUCGCCAGGAAGAGACUAAGAAAUCACAAACAAGUGAAGAUAUGGACAUUGACAACGGUUCCAUCAAAACUACUGAGAGUCGCUCUCACAAAGGAGGGCGGAUUCAUAAACGCCACAGCAAUAGAAAAAACCGCUCGUCUAUCGUAUUCCGUCCACACCAGUCUAAGAACAAGAAGGGUCCGAAGAGGAGGUGAAAGUUUUAGGCACCAUUUAUUUCAUAAACACUUGAUUGGCGUUCGGGGUUAUCUACAACAUCAUCACAUUGUGUUUCCGUUAUUAUCAACAACAAUUAAAAUUUAUGAACCCAACAGCGUCACCCAGGGGUCCCAUCAAUUUUGGUCAAAUCUUCCUGCCUCCGAAUAUGGAGUCAGACAAGGCUAGAGUGUCG